CGUUCAGAAGGCCUUAGAUUAUUUCGAUCGAGCUCCUAUUUCGAUUCGUUGUAAAAUCUCCAGACUCAUUUGCCUUGACUGAUUGACACGAUCCCAUCCCAAAAUGGGUAAUUGUUGCGGGCUUUGCGGUGAUUCCUCGGAGGAGAGUGCGGCUUUGAACGUGACGCCCGUGAGUAACUAAACCCCUCAUUGAGCCCUGAUCUUGACCAACACCCGAGUUCCCGCAUCAUGGAAGUCUUUGAAAGUCAGACUGACCGUUGCGUGUACAUUUGCGCGCCCAUGGUGCGCUAUUCCAAAUUGGCCUUUCGUCAAUUGGUUCGAGAUUAUGGCGUGGAUUUGGCCUUUACGCCCAUGCUGCUGGCCGAUUCGUUCAGUCGAUCGGCUCGAGCUCGAGAUGUGGAGUUUACCACCAAUGCUCAAGACCGGCCUUUGAUCGUACAGUUUGCCGCCAAUCAGGUGGACGACUUUGUGGCCGCUGCGUCCUUAGUGCGACCUUUUUGCGAUGGGGUAGAUCUGAAUUGCGGGUGUCCGCAAGGCUGGGCCUUAAAAGAAGGCAUUGGCGCGUGUUUGAUUCACAAACCUGAAUUUGUGGCCGAUUUAAUUCGUCAAACGCGGGCCCGCAAUCCGGACCUGCCCGUGUCGGUGAAGAUUCGCAUUCAUAAGGAUACCCGACAGACAGUGGACUUUUGCCGGCAAAUGGAGGCGGCGGGUGCGGCAUUCAUUACCAUUCACGGGCGUACCCGUGAACAGCGGUGUCAGCCCGUAAAUUUGGACGUGAUUCGCGAUGUUAAACAGUCGCUGCGAGUGCCCGUGAUUGCCAAUGGCGAUGUGAAGAGCUUGGCAGAUGCUCAACGAAUUCGGGAAUACACGGGCAUAAACGGAGUCAUGACGGCCCGUGGCAUCCUAGAGAACCCGGCCAUGUUCCACGGGCACCUGGAGACACCCGCUGAGUGCGUCCAAGACUGGAUUCGUCUUUCGUUAGGCACUGGCACGCCCUUCCCAUGUUUUCAUCACCAUUUGUCCUAUAUGUGUGAUCGGGCGUUUUCGCGAUAUGAUCGUCGCAUAUUCAAUACGCUGAGCUCAACAAGUGCCGUGAUCGACUUCUUACGAAAUAAAUACGAUUUAGCACUCUGAA